UUUUAUGUUUUAAUUAUUUCCGUGUUUAAUAGGGAAACUAUAAAAAGAGUACAAAAAUUACGUGAAUUGUUUCCGCGUGUUUCCUUCCCGCGCACAUCGUGUAAGGUGGAAGUUGGUCAUGGUCGUCCGCCAAACGGAAAGCCGCCAUGAUGGCUUUCUGCAAAGUACGCUCAAUAUGUAAAGUUUCGUUAUUGUUUUUCAUUAAUUGUGACUGAGUGCGUGCAAAAAUUAACCAUGGGAACGAACUAGAGUGUGCAAAGUGCAGUUUACGGUCCUUAAGGACCUCCUAGAGAAGCUAUAAAGUGAUUUAUUAGUGCAUUUUUGUGUCGACGCUAGCGUGUUUUGUUCUGUCAACAAAAUGUCGAAGCUCUCGUUUAGGGCGAGGGCCCUAGAUGCGUCGAAACCAAUGCCUAUAUAUCUCGCCGAGGAGCUUCCGGAUUUACCGGACUACUCGGCGAUUAAUCGUGCCGUACCUCAGAUGCCCUCUGGAAUGGAAAAAGAGGAAGAAAGUGAGCACCAUCUCCAGAGGGCGAUAUCAGGCACGGGGCUCAUAAUUCCAACACCGGAGGUGUGCGAGGUCAGCGACCUCGAGUUCUACGAGAGAUGUUACCCAGCCGACUACAAAAUGCCCAAGCAGCACAUACACAUGCAGCUGCUGUGGGAGGAGCAGGAGGCACCGGAGUACGACAUCGAUUCGGAGGACGAGAGAUGGCUGAAGCAGCAGAGACAUCCAGAGCUCACAGAACUAAAGUUCGAGCAAAUGAUGGACAAGCUGGAGCGCAGCUCUGGUCAGACGGUGGUGACGCUCAACGAGGCCAAGCUGCUGCUGGAGCGGCACGACGACCUCGUCAUCGCCGUCUACGACUACUGGCUCAACAAGCGCCUCAACACGCAACAUCCUCUGAUCCUGUCGGUGAAGACGGAGCACCGGCCCGGGCAAUCGUCGAACAAUCCCUAUUUAGCAUUCAGAAGAAGAACAGAGAAGAUGCAGACCAGAAAAAAUAGGAAAAACGACGAGAGUUCGUACGAGAAGAUGUUGAAGCUCCGUCGUGAGUUAGCUCGCGCUCUCACACUGCUGGAGAUGGUAUCGAGACGUGAGCGGGCCAAGCGCGAGCUGGUGCGCCUCACAGCACUGCUGGCGGAGCGACGGUACGCAGCUGGGGACUUCACCGCACAGCUGCCGGAACCCGCCAGGCAAUACAACACGGUGCCGAUAUCGACGUUAAGCUUUCGUCGGGAGGCGUACGCGGUACAGCACUACCCGCCGCGCGCCCCGCCCACACCCGUCGACCAGCCCAGGCAGCGAGAGAAGCGUCCAUACAAGAGACGGAAACACAGGCACCACGCCGCCGGCUCCGCGCAGGGGCUGCGAGAUUCUGGUGUGUGUACAUCAUCAGACGAGGAGGCGAGCGUGUCCGCGCCCAGCGGGGCCAGUCCUCGCGCCGAAACCUUUGAUGAUGGGCCCUUCGCCUUUCGACGCAAACCCGGCUGUUACUAUGAAAUGCCGACUUCAACUCUUUGUGGUGACCCUGUGGAUCCUGACAGUCCAUCAAAGGAAGGUCUUUUUGAACACGAACUGGAUGAAAGGCAUAGGUUCACGCUGACAUCUAUAACACAACCGUACACGCGGUGUGUGGGGUUCGCGCGGCGGCGGCUCGGCCGCGGCGGACGUGUGCUGCUCGACCGCAUCGCCACACCGCUCGACGACCUCUGGCCAGCGCUGCCCUUCGCCUUCCCCAGCUCCAGCGAACACCGCAAGCUUAGAGACGAAGAGGUGGAAUUGGAAACAAAAGCGCAUCGCACCCCGAAGGAGAUGACGCGGGAUUACCACACCGGCGGCAAGUACCCCUGGCGCCACGCCUUCCGACGGCAUCUCGCGCGCAACCCCGACCUCUGGACCGCCGUCCUCAAGCCGGACGCUGACGUCAAACCGGACGCCGAUGUCAAGCCGGACGAUGAUUUCAAGCCGGACAAAGUGAAACAGGAGCCAAUGGAUGUGGACGAACCGUUACCGGACGCUACGUUACCUCAAGAUGUUACAAGUGAUAUUAGUGUUAGUGCGAGAACUAUAGAGAGUGUGGUGAGAGAGAACCUGCAGCGUGUGAUGCGCAAGCGCUCCUGGAGCGGCUGCAGCCACGACAGCUACGACUCGGACGAGAGCCUUCAGCCUGUGGAGAAGGAGUUCGAACAAUUCAUCAAUGAAGUUAAUAAGAAAUGGUUACAUUUUCGACCGAAAACACCACCAGCUUCGCCACAGCACGAUUCCCAAAUGCCUGAUGAUCAAUUUCCCCUCACGACGGAUACUCCAUUUUCUGUUGAAUUGAGGCUAGCGGAGGAACCUCCCUCGGGAGUGGUGGAUCCAUUUAUAACAUCAGAAUUUACACUUGGAGACCUGUAUACGGAGCCGUUGAAGCCGGACGCGGACCGCACCGGAAACGGCCUAGAGGGAGAGAACCUACUCGGAGAUAUUUCCAUUCUAUCGGAAACGGACCUCAAAGCCAUAGAGGACGUCGAGCUGUCAAAGGAGGACAAGAAGAUUACAAUCAGCGACGAUCUACUCGAAGAACUGGUUAAAGACGUGGACAAAGAUCCUUUUUUAUUGCAAGGCCAGAGCUCGGAUGGGCGUGCCGGCUCUGGCCCGAGGCGGAAGCGAGCAGAGGAAAGGUUCGGCUCGAGCGUCGUACACAUAUCGGCCGGUAAGGAGCCGAUAUACGCGGACAAGCCGGACCCUCCCGCGCCGCGCACCCCGCCGCCUAUUGAAACGCCCAAAGAGGUCAAGGCGCCCGCCCAGCCGGUGCCCAACUCCAAGAUCAUCGUCGAGGAGGUCAACGAGGUGCCUCACAUCAAGGUCGAAAGGAAGAAGAAGGAGGACACGAUAGAGGAAAUCCAGCUGGCGCCCGGCGUGCAGCUGAAGACGGUGCAGACAAAGCACUCGCCGCUUAAGAAGCAUAUAAUCACCUCGGCGGCGCACCGGCGCAGUGCGGACGUCGUUGUCACCUCGCAGGACUCCAACCAACCCCAGAUAGUCACAGUCGCAGUCUCUGAUAGUUUGAAGGUGCGCUUGGCGAGUCAGGCGGCGGCAGUGAGUGGCGCGGGCGGCGGCGCCGUCGUGGGCCUCAUACAAAACGGACCCUUCACCGCGCUCGCGCUGCCCGUCUCGCAGCGGGACGUCGUGGCAGCCAGCGUGGGCAACGUGGGCACGACGAGCAACGUGGUGAAUAUGGCAACAGUCGGGAGCGUUGGUAGUGUAGGCACCGUGUCGAGCGCGACGGCGACGCGGCGGGUGGGCGCACCGCUGGUGCAGCUGGCGCCCGCCGCACUCGCUCACAAACCGCUGCAGCUGCAUCCGCCUCCGGCCGUCGUGGUGGCGCCCCACGUGCACCACGUGCCCUCCAGUAAGCUAAAGGUGCUGCACGCGCACCCGCUUACGCACACGCAGCGCGCGCAGCUGCUGCAGAACCGCUCCCUCGCCCAGCUGCCCACCGUCGUCUCCCUCGCCGCCCUCGGAGACGGGAAGCCGAUCCUCAAGGCCGCCCCCGGCUCCGUAACGCAAUAUUUCGAGAUUAAAAGCGGCCAACUGGGCAAGGGGCCGCACCUGGUGAACGUGGUGCGCCAGCCGCCGCCCGGCAAGGCCACCGUAGCCCGGCUCGACAUCAACGAGGCGCGGAAGCGGCAGGUGGUGUUCGACGGCGCGCUCAAGGGCAAUAUGACUACGGCGACGCGACCGCACCGUGUCAGCGUCAGCCUCGACGGGCGGCAGAUCGUGCGCGCCGCGCUGCCCGUGCGCGCGCCCAGCGUGCGUCACCAGAUACAGCUCAAGAACCGCACCGUGCAAGUGGCCGCGCCGCUCGCCCGCCCCGCCGAGCCCGCCACGUCCAUCACCAUCGCCGCGCCCGCGCACACCUCCAUACCCAGCUCCGUGGUCGCCAACCUGCUGCACAAGAACGUGCAGCUGCCCAAGGGCGGGCAGAAGAUCGCCAUCUCCGGCCCCGGCGGUCUCGCGGGCAACGUGCAGGCCAUCGCGUUCUCCACGGCGCAGCUCAAGGCGCGUCAGGCGAGGCUAAUCACUCAACCGCGCCCACCACCCGUUGCCGAGAUCGUGGAAGCGACGACCGCGCCGGCGGCGUCGUCGUCGAGUCUGUCGAGCGGGCUGAGCGGGUCGCUGCCGGGCGCGCUGUCCGGCGAUGCGCCGCUAGAGGGCGGCGGCGAGGGCGAGGACGCGGCGACCAACGGCGCGGUGCGGCGGCGCGCCGGCGACACGCUGCCCAUGGAGGUCACGUGACAGCCGGCCGAGCGCGGACACCAGCCGCCCGAGCCCACCGACACUACCGACACCCAGGGCCCGCCGCGCCCACAUCGCCCGGAGCCCAUACUCGCUUUCUAGCACAGCUCCGGCCCCGCCCCGGACGGACGCACCCCGCCGCCCCCGAACUCGCCCACGCCCACGCCCACGCCGCGCCCACCGCUGCAACACGACCCGCGCUGAUGGAGGUCUAGCGUCAUGGAGUUUUACCAUACAUAGAUCAUGCAGAAAUAGCGCACUGUUUGCAACUACGUACUAUCAAUGACCGAGCGCUUCUUAUUUCUUUGACGAAGCAUCGAUUCUUUUAUACAUUGCUUGCCUCUACAUUGCUUUUCUGACACAUUGCAAAUCUUUAAGUUUUAUUAAAUUUCUAAUAUCGACUCAUCCCGGUCUCCUGCGGGGCCUCCAUUACGUUUUGUACAUAUUAUGUUUUUUUAAGAAACGUGUGAUAUUAAAGAAGUAAUGCCCUACAUUUAAUUAGUUAAUGUACCGCGCUUAGUUAAUUUUAUGUUGCGGGGGGGUGAGCGGGGCGCGGGGCGGGGAGAGGUGGUGCACGUGAAGUUAACUAAUGGACAGUUAUGUUUUUUUUUUUUCGUUUUAAUUUUUUUUAAUGAAUUUGUACAGUUGUUUAAGUGAUAGGGCCGCACGUGAGAUGUAAACUCGCGUGUUUUUUAAAAUGUAAAAUGUAUUAUGCCCGAUAUAAUCAUUACCUAAUACCAAAUAUGAUUCCAUUGCUUUGGCUCUCCUGGUAUCCGUGUAUAAUAUGUUUAUAGCGACGUCAUUAAGUAAAAAAAACAAGGAAUAAUUUUAAGUCAUUACUUAAUUAUCUAGGUAUUUAUUAAUUAUUAGAAAUUCUUACAUCGAAUUUGUUGAGGAACGCAAGUUGAAAUGAUCAUUCCUUUGUUUGUUAUUGAUGUUACGUAGACAGAUUUGUUAAAGACACAAGAAUUAUCUGUUUUUACAAACAUAUAAAUUAUUACUUAAUUUAAUAAACAGAAAAUAUUGACAAAAAAA